GCCUCAAACUCGGCUCAAGUGCAUCCGUGAGAGGAGAGAGGCGAACAUGGUGUCCGUCCCCGGCUUCUUCUUCUUGGCUAUGGCCGGGUUCGCUGGACAAACGCGAGCAGGUCUGGACUUGGAAUAUGUGACUGUGCUGUACCGCCAUGGCGACCGGUCAGCUGUGGAUGCGUAUCCUACUGACCCGUACCAAGAGAGCGCCUGGCCUCAAGGAUUUGGACAGCUCUCACAGGUUGGGAUGAUGCAACAAUAUGACCUCGGAAGGUUUUUAAGGAAGCGGUAUGGUGGAUUCCUCAACCAAACUUACAAAAGAAACGAGAUUUUAGUCCACAGCACGGACUACGAUCGAACUCUGAUGAGUGCUGAGUCCAACCUAGCAGGACUCUACCCACCGAGUGGUCAGCAGGUCUUCAACCCUAACCUGAAGUGGCAGCCCAUCCCUGUCCACAGCAUCCCAAAAGACCUGGAGAAGAUCCUGUCAUAUCCCAUGGCAAACUGCCCACGCUUUCAACAGCUGUUUAAUGAGACUAAGCAAACGGAAGAGUUCAAAAACAUCUCCAAGGAAUACCAGGAUGUUGUUGAUCUAGUGAGGAGAAAUACUGGACUGAAUGACUCGACUGUGGACUCGGUGUGGGGAGUUUAUGACACACUCUUUUGCGAGUCCCGUCACAACAUGACCCUUCCGAACUGGGUGACUCCCAAAGUCAUGGAGGAUCUGAAAUUUCUUAAAGACUAUGGCUUUCAGAUCACGUUCGGUGGCUACAAACACCUGGAGAAGAGCCGCCUGCAGGGAGGCACCCUUUUAGGGGAAAUUGUGAAGAAUCUAACGGCGAUCUCUAAAUCAAAGGCAGAAAACAAGCUGAAAAUGAUGAUGCUGUCUGCGCACGACACCACAGUUGCCUCUCUUCAGGGCAGCUUGAAUGUCUUCAAUGGAUUGCAGCCGCCGUACGCGUCGUGUCACAUGAUUGAGCUGCUCAAAGAUGAGAACGGGUCCUUCUUUGUCUCCAUGUUCUACCGGAAUGACAGCACUAAGGAUCCAUUUCCACUGCAGAUACCUGGCUGUGCGUUUGCCUGCCCCCUAGAGGACUUCUUUAAAAUUACAAAGCCCUCCAUACCAGAGGACAGAGUGAAGGAGUGUCAGCUGCCUUCCCACACAACAGACAAAGGUGUUCUCAUCAUCCUGACGGUGUCCAGCUGCCUCCUCCUGCUCCUCAUCGUCAUCCUGCUCAGCAUCCUCUGCUAUCAAAGCAAGCCCAAGAUAAGUCAUCGAUACAGCCAUGUGAUCAACCAGGAGCCCGGGGACGAGUCCUGACAUGAGUACAAGCUCCUCUCAAGGGGAAGAACCAGCGACUCAUCGUGGCACAGCAGCGACGAUGACGUGCUGUGACACUUGAGUGAACUGUCUGAUGGCUACAUCGUUGGCUCUAGUUGGGGACCAGUCAUGAUUUUUGGUCCAAAACUUUUUAGAUGUGGAUCACCUUGUGAGAAGGGAGCGCAGCAGGGAUUUUUAUUCUUUUGGCUCUCGCCUGAAGCUCAUUUUAAAUCUUUGGUUUUGUGAACCUAAUCUGGAUCGUUCUAUGUUCUGCUCGUGGAUGAUUUAUUUAAAUGCUUUAUCAUGAUUACUGAGAAGUGUUUACAUAUUCGAGACCAUCGGACCGUCGGUGCCUUCAGGUCAGAGGGUGUGUUGUGCUGAUAUGGUCACGUGUUUUUACUUACAAACUCUCAGUGUGUGAUUUUUGGGGUGGGUGAGGUGGAAACUCCCAUCAGAAUUCUAUCAUAAGAUAACAGAUGAACAGCUGCGACCUUCAAUGACUAUUUCACAGACAAUCUUUUAAGAAUCAUUGGGAAAUAGAGUGAAGUCUCAACACAUGUUAGGAAUGUCUGCUAUUACCUUUUUUAAUAUAAAGAUCAUUUUAAAGUCUGUUCAUGAUUGUGACACCGGUGCCAAUGAAAAUCCGUUUUACUUGUUUUAAGUCUUCUUUUAAUUUGCAGAUUGUGUGGCUCAAAGGUUUUUGAUGAAAUUUCCCAAAUAAAUCUAAAAUGGGAAAUGCCAGCUCGAGAUUUUAUCUGUGCGUGAGCUUCUCAAGGUUGAUGAUCGAAAUGGUGCGAGACAGGCAAGUACUACUUCGUAUUUCUUUGUCUUCCUGGAGACUCCAUUGGACCAGUGUUGAUCUGCUACAUUCGGCUCAACCCAAUUUCCUGAUUCACUUAACUGGUUAAUUCAGCCACAUGAUAAGACUUGUGGGAAAUGUGUUGCUUCUACCUCUCGAUGUUAGCUUUUACUUCCCGAACUGGAGAAUAGCACUAAAUGAACACACGUGAGCCAUGUUUGUGAUGUUAGUUUCAAUAUUUUGGGAGCCUGUUAUUGUCAUUCAGUCGUGUGUCGCGGCCAAUCUUUAUUUCUCUGAUGGUUUGUGUGUUCACCGGAGUGAUUUAGCAGUUCCUGAGUCAUGUAUAUUUUCCUGAAAACCUUCAUUAGUGUUCUACCUUUGUGAGUGAGUGUGAUUCCAGCUUGCAGUCGGUGGAAGCCUCACAUCAUUUCUAAACCAAGAGCGUUUCAUGAAGCCUCAUCUACUCAUCACUGGUGAGAACAUAACCACUUCACACCAAAAGGUCUUCCUCAAGUGGGAUUUGAACCACGAGCCAUUAAGUAAUCGGAUUAAAAACGGCAGACUUGCUUCACUAAAACAGUGCAGUUGGACUUUAUUUACAUGGUAGUGCUUUUCUUGCUUACAUCAUUAGUGAUCAGGUUACAUUCAGUUUGGCCACAGAUAAUUCAACCAUAACAUCUUGGAAUAAGUUUACAGACAAAUAAUAUCCUGUGGAAAUGAAGCUGAAUGUUUUACUCUUGCUGCAUGCGCCGCAUGAUGAGAACUUCAUGAUCACAGAGUGUGCUCGCAUAAAGGGAAGUAAGGUCGCGGACACAAGCUCAAAUUCACGUCACAUGGGCGGGAGGUGGUGAAAAGCGCUUGGGCAGCAAUAUUCCCUUCGUUUUCUGACAAUUUUGAAGCAAUAGAGGAAAAGACUCACCACCAGAUAUGACUCGAAAGAUUUAAAAAACAAGCUAUAUGUUUCGUUAGAAAGUAAAAAUCAAAUAAAAAGAUGUAUAAAAGGUCACACAACACACACACACACACACACUGACUCAAGACAGUAUUAGGAAUUAUUGAUUAUCAGCAACAACAAAAACAGUUUUGUGCAAAGAUCAUUUUCCCGCAGGAAUAAAACUACAAGAUAUGGCAUGGUAAAGAGAUGGCACAUUAUUAUUCCUUUCACAAAGGAUGCAUAUCAAAAUAUGGAAAAUCUUUCUCAUGGAAAAUAUUUCUAGCUAUUCAGGAAAUCCUACAUUCAGGUUAAAAGCUUUCAUUUUGAAGGUGAACUAAGUGCAUAAAUGUUGCAUCACAGUUUACAAAGUAUCACGUUUCUAGUACUUCUUCAAUUUUAAAUCGUCGACAAGCCAAUCCAUUUCUAUCCCACGUAUUUAUGCCACGUCCGAAUUUCGUCUAACAAACCCUUAUCUUAGAUUGCUGUGGUUUUGUUUGAAAGAAACGUCCCACAGGGUUGUACCUUAAUAUUCACCCUCUCAGUCCAAAAGCGUACAAAGGCUACAAGUACUUCAUUGUGAAAAUGAAGAGUCAACCCAGUAAGACUUGAACGACUCUUAUU